AUGAAUAUCCAGCAAACAUUUCCAAACGUCGAAACUAUUUUAAGGAUACUUUUAUCAAUUCCAUAUACAAACUGUAGUAGUGAAAGGUCUUUUUCUGUACUGAAGAGGAUUAAAACAAGAUUAAGAUCAACACUAACUCAAGAAAGACUUGAUAACUUAGGUUUACUAUCAAUAGAAAGUGAUCUUACAUCUUCUUUAAACUUUGAUGACAUAAUAAAUGACUUUGCUUUAAAAAAAAGCAAGAAAAGUAAUUUUAUAAAACAGCUUAUUUCUAUUAUAAGCAUAAAAAUAUAG